UUUUCAGCGUACAAAAUCUCACUUAAAGCAUACAAACCCUAAUUUCCUGUGUUGUUCAUAGAAAAGUGAAGGAAGAUAAUAGAAAAGAACAAUGUCAGAUUAUCUCUCUGAAGAAUUAGUGGCUGAAAUCUUGAAGAGAGUACCAGUUAAAUCUCUGUUGAAAUUCACAAGUGUUUGCAAAUUAUGGUAUUCUCUAAUCACAAACCCUAAUUUCAUCUCUUUUCACUUAGCUCACACCACUCAAGCCAACGAAACCUACUUGCUUGUCAAGAAGAACAUUUCAUAUGGUAGGAAACCACAAUUCGUUUUGCACAGAGAUAAUGAUUCAUUUAGUGAGUAUCAAAAACUAGAUUUAAGCUCUUUUUUCGCGAAAGAGAAUCUUGAUAAUGGUAUAAAGAUUGCGGGUUCAUGUAAUGGUUUGGUUUGUUUGUUUGAUAAAAUUAAUAAUCGCCUGAUUUUAUGGAACCCGGCAAUUGGAGAGUUGAUUACAACUUCUUUAAAUGUGCGUAACAAGAGAAUGUGUGUGGUUGUUGGAUUUGGAUUUGAUAGGAAGAACAAUGACUACAAAGUAGUGACGAUUGUUUAUGAUGAUUAUUCUAAGAUAUAUUCGAAAUUUUAUCUUCUAGGAGAAAUCAUCCAGCCAUCUAUUGAGCUUUUUGAACUCGGCUCCAAUGUUUGGAGGACUAUUACAUUCAAGAGUCUAAAUUAUUUAGUUGUUGGUUGCAGUUGUGCUUAUUUGAAUGGGAUUACUCAUUGGUUUGCACAAUUAUACAAUGGGAUUGCUAUAAAAACAAUGAUAACAUCAUUUGAUUUGAGCAGCGAAGCAUUUGAAGAUAUAAUGCUCCCUAAUGCCCUAGCUAAAUUAACUAAUCACCUUAGUCUUUCUUUAACAGUGUACCGUCAGUCAUUAGCUGUGAUAUGCUAUGAAACAUUGGAUAUGGUAAACUGUAAUUACCUAAAAUGUUCGAUUUGGGUGAUGAAAGAGUAUGGUGCCUUAGAAUCUUGGACGAAACUAUUUACCAUAGAUUUAGAAAAUCGUGGAGGUUUCAAGUUGGUGCUAGGCUUUCAAGGGAAUGGUGGAAUUCUCAUUGAUAAAAGUGAUGCUGAUGUAGCUUCUUAUGACCCUCAGACACAAAGGAUGACCCAACUAGUAGAUAGUGACGGUGGAUGUUACUCGGUAGCGCAAUGCUAACUCUACAUGGAGAGCCUUGUUUUAUUGAAGGGGAGAAGGAACAUUUAAAAACAUUUACAAGGUUAAAGCCUUGUGUUUGUUUUGCUUAUGUUGAUCCCAAAU